AUGGCGACCUGCUUGUGCUCCACCAGGGCACUUCGAAUCUUUGUUAACGAUAUCACUGGUUUCGCGAUACGGCAGCAACGACUUCCAAGCUCUCUGCGGCAACAGAAAGCAUACACUUUCAGCACGAGAACUCCUUUCCAACGGCUUGAGACUGUGCGGCUGGUCGACCAGGACCUCGAUGACGGCUUCUUGCCAUUUGACGCCGUCAAUAGCGGAUCUACUAUCCCGGCCACUGGAGCUGUCGAGAAGGUCAAUGCGAAGGCAUCGACCGAGUCUCCUGAAGUUGACGACGAAUGGCACGCGGAGCUCGAGAUACUCUCGCCAGAUGCACAAACGACGGCGACUAACGACAUAGGUAGCCCAGCUGUAGCUCGGGUAGACUAUGUUUCAACACAACAGCUCGUUCAACCUUCGUCCGAAGUCGAGCCACAAUCGAUUCCUAUUUUUCCUCCAGAUCCAACGCCAAUGCAGACGCCUUCCAAGGCGGAGUCACGACUCAGAAGAAAGCAACGGAGGCAAGAAGCGGGCAAAUGGAAGCCUUCUGCACAAGCAACUAUGGGCGAUGAGUCGGAUGCAAGCACACAAAACGUGCUUGGGAAGAUCGAAGCAAUGGCUGGGCCAGCCUUACCUAAAAAGAAGCCUAAGGACAUAGCGAAGAUCAGGUCGAAAAACACAAAAACGAAGGAAGUUAAGGAAAGGAGGAAGAGCGAUGAGAAGGCCAAGGCAGCGACGGGAUCCACAACGUCGGCCUACGACAAGACCAAAAGGGACCCUUGGAAGGUACAAAAAGAGGCUCUGGUCAACAAGUUCGGCGAGACUGGUUGGAAGCCUCGCAAGCGCCUCUCACCGGACACUCUUGAAGGCAUUCGUGCGCUGCACAAGUCAGAUACGGCUGCCUACAGCACUGCGAAGCUCUCAGAGCAGUUCAAGAUCACUCCUGAGGCCAUCCGCAGGAUCUUGAAGAGCAAAUGGCGACCCAAUGAAGAUGAAGUAGAGAAGCGAAGGCAACGGUGGGAGAAGCGAGGCGUCAAGAAGUGGGAGGAAAUGUCUCAGCAAGGUGCGAAGCCGCCGGCGAGGUGGAGGGCGGAGGGUGUUAUGAGUCCGGCUGCGAGAGGUCGGGAAGAACGCGGUAUUAAGGGUGGCAGGGGCAGAGAAGAUGGAUAUGUGCAGUGGGCGGAAGGUUGA